AUGAGUGCCCUUACUAUAGGUGGCUCCUCUUCUAUUCUUCCCUUCAAACUAGAAUCAAAAGCCGCAUCACAAAAAAAGCACUUAUUUAGACUUAAAAAAACCAAGGCUAACACAACCUUCCUUGCUAGCGUCACUAACAAACGCUCGCCUUCGCUUCUCCGCUUUUCGACCAAAGAAACUAUGGGAUUAAGAGAUGCAGUCGUCGCUGCCACCGCCGCCGCCGCCUUUGCCUCCGCCUUUGCCUCCGCACCUGUCACUCUAUCAUCAUCAGACUAUCUCGUUCAUAAGUCUCCGAACGACAGUCGUUUAUACCGACUCAUUCAUCUGAAGAAUGGGCUUCAAGCUUUGCUUGUUCACGAUCCUGAGAUUUACUCGGAAGGUUCUCGCAAACGUGUUUCAGUGGAUGAAGAAGAUGAAGAGGAAGAAAGCAAUGAUGAUGAUGAUGAUGAUGAUGAUGACGACGAUGAUGAUGAUGAUGAUGAUGACGACGAUGAUGAUGAUGAGGAUGAUGAAGAGGAGGAUGAGGAUGAUGAAGAAGAGGAUGGAGUUCAAUUAGACGGAGAAGGAAAAGAAAGGGGCAAGGGUGCUUCAAAUCUGAGCAAAAAGGCUGCGGCGGCUAUGUGUGUAGGAAUUGGGAGCUUCUCUGACCCAAAUGAAGCACAAGGGCUAGCUCAUUUUUUAGAACACAUGCUCUUCAUGGGGAGUGAUGUUUUUCCAGAUGAAAAUGAGGUGUGUUUAGCUAUGUCAUGA